AUUUCAGUUCACAGCCCAGGAGCUACACAUUUCUGAGAUUGGAAUAUGUGUGUUUUCUUCACUGAUCUCUCAUACAGAUCUUAUAAGGAGUGCCAAUCCUGUUGAUUAUCAAUGGCAGACGGUCUGCCUUCAGGAUUACUGAAAGCUUGUAUCGUUGUUGGACCUGAAUAUGAUAAACUGAAGGAGCUGUCCCAGUCUUUGCUGCAGGUGAAUGGAAGUCCUCUACCGCUGCUCGAUCCUGUGGUCCUGCAGGUCCACACACCUCCAUUUGUGUCUACAGAGAAUCUCAGUGAACCAGCCGUGAGAAACCUAAGCCAGACCCAGCAACAGCACUUCUUCAAUAAGAAGAAAAAUGAUAGGCCUGUUAUUAAGGCUGGUAACCCCACAGAAGAAACCACAGAGGAAGUCAGUGUUCCCAAAUACCUGGACCUGGCGCUGCCACAACUCUGCUUUCCAGGUGGUUUUCAGAUAACUAAGGAGCAAAAGGAUGAACAGUUUCACUUCCUAGUCUUCACUGACGUGUUUGGAAACCAGUCUCAUGGAGUAGUUCUCCAGUACAGUAGAUCAAUACAAGAAGGAAUGCAGAAUGGACGCCACAAGUCUCCACAACUCUACAUUGGUUAUGCAAUAUGUGUUAUAUCAAAACACCCAUAUUACAAUGCUCUCAAGGACUGUCUGUCUAGCCUCUUAGGUCAGCUCAAAAUCUGUCAAAUGACUGAUAUGGAAGAGCAAGUGAAGGAAUUUUCUGCUAAACUGGCUCUAGUCCCAGUCCCUCCUCCUGGCCAGCUGUAUGUGGCAUUCACCUUAAGCCCUCUGACGAUUGUCCUUCCAUCCAGAGAAGACAAAAACCAUCCUGUUAUCGACCUGGACUUGCAUCUUCCGCUCUUCUGCUUCAAGUCUAGAGAGCUGCUGCAGAUCAUUGCCAGUAUACUCACAGAGCAGCGUAUGGUGUUCUUUUCCUCAGACUGGGCCAAACUUACUCUGAUCAUAGAGUGUUUCAUGUUGUAUGUUUGGCCCCUGCACUGGCAACACACACUGGUGCCUAUACUGUCCCACAAGAUGCUUGACUUUGUUAUGGCACCAACUACCUUCCUCAUGGGAUGCCACAUCAGCCACUAUGAGGACGUUGCCAAGUUAACAGAUGACCUGAUUCUGAUCAAUAUUGAUGAGGGAACUGUGUCCUGCUCUGGCUGUCAUUAUGUUGACGUCCCAGACAUCCCGCAGGCAGCAGCUCAGCGUUUCAAGUGUCGAAGGAAAGGUCUUCAAUUACACUAUGACUUGGAAAUGGUUCAUCAGAGAAUAUGUAGCAGUCUUUAUGAGCUGCGGAUGCAGAGAAGACAGUGGCAGCACAGGCUCAAUUUGGAAAUACAAAACAUCACCCUGGAGCUCAUCGUUAACAUGUUUAGAGAUGUCAGUGAUAACCUUAAUUACGAACACAGAAUCUUUAACACUGAUGAGUUUCUGAAGACCAGGGAGCCAGACGACAAACAAUUCUACAAAAAGGUCUUGGAAACACACAUUUUCCACUCCUUCUUGAAAGAACGUUUGAAUGGAAAAAGAGACAAAUUUACCCAAAUGGAGCUCAGUACUCAGACAGAAGACCAAAAAUUGUGUAGAUCGAUGGAUUACUCCCGCAGACCCACCAUAAAGGAAAUAGUUUUGCGAAAUGGUUCUUUAGAGAGCGGUUUGAGCAAACGUCUGGGCUCAAGUCUCCCUGACCUGGACAACAAGAAACACCUGACUCUCCUCAAAAAGAUGUCUCCAACUAAGAUCAUUCAUGGAAAGCCUUUGAAUACUCCAGUCAGGCCAUUCAAGAUCUUCCAGCUCCCAGAUUUCCCUUCUCCGUUGAACUACCCCAAUGUACUCCAUUACUUUGGAGAUCUUAUCCUCCAGCUGAACAAAGCCAUAUCAGCCACCCCACUUGAUGAUUCCUCCCUGCUAGCAAGAUACUUUUACCUGCGCGGCCUCAUCAAUAUGCUGAGCUCUAAGCGACUGGAUGCCCUCAGCGACUUCCAGAACCUCUACAAAACAGAUAUUGCGAUUUUUCCUGGAGAGCUGGUGAAGACGCUGAUGGACUCUCUGCAGAUAGAGGAUAGAGUCCAGGUAGAGAAAAGAUCUGAGCUCAAGCGGCUCAUCUGUCAGGUGAAGAACAAUGAAAAAAGCGAGCAUGAGGAAUCAGACUAUCACGUGAAGAAGUUUGAGCUGCCCAAGACCCCUAUGCAGCUGGAGGAGUUUGUGAUGUGCACUCAGCAGUCUGGUAUUGUGCGGGACAUGGCCACUUCACAGAGACUGUUUGAAGCUCUCAUAGUUGGUGGUCCGAAGCAUAUUCAUCCAGAGAUGUUCAGAGUGUUUUAUAGCUUCUGGAAACAGGCCGAGGCAGGAGCACAGGACAUUGACCUGCCUGCUGAGGUCCUGGAAUGUCUAGACAACAAUGAGUGUGUGUACAAGCUGUCCAGCCCUGUGAAGACCAGUUAUGGUGCUGGCAGAAUUGCCAUGACUCAAAAGAGGCUCUUUCUGCUGACAGGCAGAUGUCGAUAUGUUGAGAUUGCCAAGUUUAGGGACAUUGAGGAAGUGAACUUCUCCGUUGCCCCGCUUUUGAGGAUCCCCUCUCUAAAGAUCAAGAACAGCCUAAGGAAAGAAAUAUUUGAGGCUAAUUUAAAAUCUGAGAGUGAACUGUGGAACCUGAUGAUCAAGGAGAUGUGGGCUGGGAGAAUGAUGGCAGACAACCAUAAGGACCCCCAGUGUGUGCAGCAGGCCCUGACCAAUGUCCUGCUUAUGGAUGCAGUGGUGGGAUGUUUAAAGACACCGAAGGCUAUUUGUGCUGCCUCCAAACUGGCCUAUUUUGAAAAGCAGCGACAAGAAGUCCCCAUGAUCAUCCCCAGACCCACAGCAGAGACUCUGAAACACAAGAUCAAUCCGUCCCAGAACAUGACGCUCCCUCAGUCUGUCGAUGUCUUACUCUACACUCCAGGUCAGUUAAAUAGAGAUGUGGAUGGAAACCCCAAGCUCUGGUGUGCUCUCAGCUGUGGGAAAGUGGUUGUGUUUGAUGCUGUCAGUUGGUCCCUGAUGCAAAACUGUAUUCAUUUAGGAGAAUCUCGACUGAACUGCAUGAUGGGAUUGGACCAGAAGCAGGUGUGGAUUGGUUCUCAGGACUCCGUCAUUUACAUAAUUAACACUCGCAGUAUGCUGUGUCAUAAACAGCUGACUGAGCACCGUGGAGAGGUCACAGACUUUGCCCUGGAGAAACUAAACCCUGAGAACAGACCAGGCCAAGCACAGGUGUAUUCCUGUAGUGCAGAUGGCACUGUGAUCGUUUGGGACGUCCCCUCUCUGAAGGUGAAGCGGCAGUUUCAUCUGUCCUGUGACAGACUGCAGUCCAUUCAGAUUAACAAUGACGAAUUAUGGUGUGGUGCCAAGGAUUGUGUCAUGAGGCUGAGUCCCCGUGGAGAUCUGCUUUGUAAGAUUUCCGUCCCAGAUGAUGUGAAAAUCACAUCCUUCAGCAGGGUCACACUGUUUAUGGAGAAAAGACAGAUCUGGACAAGUUUCACUGACUCAGCAGAGCUUUGUAUAUGGGAUUCCAGUGACCCCGUCAAAGCACCUAAACAGGUCACAGUCCCCAACUGCAGUGGGGUCACCUGUAUGAUCAGAGUGAAGGAUCAGGUCUGGAUUGGUUGUAACGGUGGGUCAGGCCUCAGUAAGGUUGUGGGGAAGAUCUUUGUGUUGGACUCUGAGAGCCUGAAGGUUGAGAAGGAGCUGGAGGCUCAUGAAGACACCGUUCAAACUCUUUUCUCAGCAGAGGACCGAUACAUACUCAGUGGCUCUGCAAAAAGUGAUGGCAAAAUUGCCAUCUGGAGAGUAGAUUAAGCAAGCUUACCCAACAAAAGUUUUUAAGUUUUCAGCUUUAUAAACGGGGGCAUCAUGAUCUGUGACAAGUAGUUAAUCAGUGCUCACAGCACAGGGGAAGAAAUAUAUUCACAGUUGCCCUUUAAAAUGUGCUAUGUAAUCCCUUUAAGUUUUGGUGAGUAGAAAUGUUUAUACUGGUUUUGAUUAGAGUUAGCCAAUGAUGGGUACUGUGAGGACCAACUAGAAAAAUCCUGAAAAUUGCAAAUAUGUAUUAAGAUACAUUAGGGAUUGAAACAACUACUACAAGGAUUUCUUUCUACAAAUAGUCCUAUGUUAAGAAUGCUCAGAUCUCAACGGUCUCUUUGGAAAUAUAUAUUUUUGUAUAGAUUGUGGUUGUAAAGUGUAAACAACAGUUUAUUAUAUCUUUCUGGAUUCAUUUAAAAGCUCUCGGUCUUUUGAAAGCUGUUUUCUAUUCCAAGAGAGCUGAAUAUAGAAUCUGGUGAGGUUUGUGGAGUUGCCAUGUACACAAUUUCCUGUAAAGUCCUGGAUCAAAGGGAACUGAAGACCAACCCGAAGCACUGCCUGAAGAUGGACUGCAGCCGUAAUAAGUAGAUUGUGGAACGGUGUGCCAGUCCUUGUGGUGUCUCUGGAGUGGCUAGUAAGAUUGUAUGAUACCCUCUUUGAUGGACCUACUGUCUUGGUUUUUUGUAAUUGCAGAUCUGUAUUUAUUUUAUAUCAGAAAUGUUUUGGGGGAAUCUCACACAGAAAUGCCUGGGUUGUAAUUUUUCUCAAAAUGUCUUUUUAUUUUCUUUUUAUAAUUGCAUUAAGUAAAAAGUAAAUACAAAUAAAACAAUAAUAAAGCAUUUAUAUUAUAGGCCUGGCUUAAAUCGUGCUUGGAUUUUGAUGAUAUUUUAUUGGCAGUUAAGCACACUUUCCCUAAAAGUCUCAUUACUGCAUGCAAAGAAUAUUACUGUAGUAAUGUAAUUAUAAUGUCCAACCUGUUACACUAUUUUUAGAAUAAAUUCAGUACAACAUCAGUAAUAGUGCCCUUGGUUUUAAAUAUUAUAAAUAAUAAUGUAUA